AUGGUGAUAGCCGUAGCAGAAACCUGCGGUGUUGGAUUACAUUAUGUAGCAAGUGGCAGAUCGUCUCUCUGCCGCGCGAACUUCCGGAUCCUGUACGACUACGACUCCAGGUUUGCGGAGGAGUUCUGCUCUCUGCCGUUCGAGGCCCUGGCAGUGUCGUCUCUACAGGAAUUCACAUUGGAGCUGGAGGAAUCGUGCUUCAGUCAGCUGGAGAAUGAGACCUCCGCCGAGAACAGGCUCAGUCUGCUGUCUCCCGUCGUGCGCAUGCUCCAGACUUCGCCGCAGAUGAGGAAAAUGUCAGUCGCCAUCCAGGACACAGAAGUGCACAGCGAGAAGCCUGCAACGCGAGCCUACACCUUACAGGUGAUCCCGCUGCUGCAGGCUGUCACAGGGGAGAGAACGCUGCAGGAGUUCAGUUUGCAGGUCCCCAGGGCAGACAUACUCAUCCUGACCGGCACGCGGGACCUCGUCACCAGGAACGUCGUGCUCAAGAAACUACAGCUGACAGCCGCGGAGACCAGUACGCCCAGAGAAACAACGGCGGUCUCCGAGAUCCUGCGGGCCCUGACGACCAACCGCUCCCUGCAGUGCUUCUCCUUGACGCUAGAGGACGUUCCUCCGUCCUGCAACCCGAACGAGCUGCUGCGUGACGUCACGGAGGUGCUGCGGACGAACCCGGUCCUCCGGACGUUCAGCUUCGUCAUUCAGCAGCGCCCCCUAGCGCUGUUCUGCAGCGGCCUCACGCUGAAAAACCUGGUGGAGGCGGUGGAAGCGAACAGUACUCUGACCAGAGUGGACAUUGUUGGCUUUUACGCGCAAGAUCCGAAAUCGGCAAAGCUUGUGUCGGACUCAAACUGUGCAACGACUGGUAGAAAAGUGGAACGUAACUUGGACAUUCCUUACAUCUGGGAUGCGUGCUCGUUAGACUAGGCAGAGGUAGAGGUCAGAGGUAAAGGGAACCGUCAUAGCUAGAGGUUAGAGGUCAGAGGUAGAUGUAAGAGGUAGAGGUCAGAGCGAGAGGUCAGAGGUAAAGGUCAGAAGUAAAGUUACCUGUCAUAGGUAAAAGAUCAGAUGUAGAGGUACUCGUCAGAUGUAGAGGUACUCGUCAGAGGUAAGAGGUCAAAGGUAGAAGCAAGAGGUAAAGGUACAUGUCAUAGGUAAGAGGUCAGAGGUAGAGGGAACUGUCAAAGGUAAAGGUCAACCGUCCCAGCAGUCAAUGUCAAAGACAUUUGCAUGUAUUAAAACUUUGACGUGUUUCAAUGUGUUAAAGAAAACCAACAUCAGUAUUGUGAAAAAUUAAACUCU